CAGGAAUUGCGCCCUCCGGCUUUGUAAGGGUUGAAAGGGCCGCUCAGUGGAAAAGGGCGCGGGGAGGUUUCUGGGUGCUGUUAAUGUUCUGGUUCUUGAUCUAGGUCCUGGAUUCACGAGGGUGUGUUUAUUUGUAAAAAUUAACAAGCCAAGCCGUACAGUUAUGAUUUUUGUGCUCUUUUCAACAUCUGUAAUGUAUUCUGUUUUUAAAAAAGAGAGAAAACUCCAAAAAGGCCAAUCACUGUGUUCCCAUUCAUCCCACGUGCACCUCCCGGCCCUUGGAUGACCGCUUUUAGGGACCAAUUCACUCAACCUUUCAUUCGUUCAUAUCAUAGUUAAUGAGCGCCUCAAGUGAGCCUGGCACUGGCCUAGAAACACAGGGCACAAAGCUCUCAGUUCUGCUGUCAUCACCAUCUAGUGGAGAAACUAGAGAACACAAGUAGUGGGGAGAAAAACAAAAUCUGUACUUGGCAAGUACAGUGAUCCAGUCAGUAUCAGUAGAACAAGAGAGCGAGAAUGCUGCCGGGAUUUCAAUGGGCAUGGUCCUCGUCUUUGUGGGGUUUCCAGCUACUUGAAGGUGGGAAAUGACAGCGAUCACACCUCUGCUUUAGCACGAUAUUGGUAUCAACUUGACUGACCCUAUGUUCAGAGGAAUUUAUAGGGGGGUUCAAAAGCAUCAAGAUGACUUACAGGAUGUAAUAGGGAGAGCUGUCGAGAUUGGUGUUAAAAAGUUUAUGAUUACAGGUGGAAAUCUACAAGACAGUAAAGAUGCACUGCAUUUGGCACAAACAAAUGAUAUGUUUUUCAGUACAGUUGGAUGUCAUCCUACAAGAUGUGGUGAAUUUGAAAAGAAUAACCCUGAUCUUUACUUAAAGGAGUUGCUAAAUCUUGCUGAAAACAAUAAAGAGAAAGUUGUGGCAAUAGGAGAAUGUGGACUUGAUUUUGACCGACUACAGUUUUGUCCCAAAGAUACUCAACUCAAAUAUUUUGAAAAACAAUUUGAACUGUCAGAACAAACAAAAUUACCAAUGUUUCUUCAUUGUCGAAACUCACAUGCUGAAUUUUUGGACAUAAUGAAAAGAAAUAGAGAUCGCUGUGUAGGGGGAGUGGUGCAUUCAUUUGAUGGUACCAAGGAAGCAGCAGCUGCUUUGAUUGAUUUGGAUCUUUAUAUAGGAUUUAAUGGUUGUUCACUGAAAACUGAAGCUAAUUUGGAAGUUUUGAAGUCAAUUCCUAGUGAAAAAUUAAUGAUUGAGACAGAUGCACCUUGGUGUGGAGUCAAAAGUACACAUGCUGGAUCAAAAUAUAUAAAAACUGCAUUUCCUACCAAAAAGAAGUGGGAAAGUGGGCACUGCUUAAAAGACAGAAAUGAACCCUGCCAUAUAAUUCAAAUAUUGGAGAUAAUGUCAGCAGUGAGAGAUGAGGAUCCACUGGAAUUAGCCAAUACCCUAUAUAACAAUACUAUUAAAGUAUUUUUUCCUGGAAUAUAAUUGGUAUAUGUCUUCCACUUUCCAUCAUGUAUGUAAAAUUUCACAGUAAAACUUACUGAUAGUUUCAAUAAAGAAAUUAUCUGCAA